AUGGCAACAAAACUUUUACAAUCACUGACUGAUGACAACCCUGAUUUGCAAAAGCAAAUAGGAUGUAUGACUGGGAUUUUUCAGCUCUUUGAUCGUCAGCACAUCAUUACUCCUAGGCGCAUCACCACCGGCCCCAUCAGCACCGCGAAAAGGCCCCCUCCUGGUGCUGCUGCAUUGGACAAGGACUCUAGCAAUAUCUACAACAGAUCUGCAGCCUCCGGGGAAAAGCAGUCAACAACCAAGUAUGCACACGAGAGACAGAGGCUUUCAACGGAUCAGUCAUCAAGAACCUCAUUUUCAUCCUCCUCUCGCUCUUCUUCAUUCUCGUCUCUUGACUACAACAAGCCUGCACAACCUGAGAGCUUGUCCUUGGACCGGAUAAUAUUCCCGGACACUCCUUCAAGGGAGCAUCCAGCAAUGAGCCAACUACCUAACAAUGGAUCUACACAGCUUGGUAGCCGGCAAACCCUUGAUCUCCGGGAUGUAGUCAAGGACUCGAUGUACAGAGACUUAGCCCAUCAUGGAUUGCCUGCUAAGAAUGCAACAGGCCGAGAUGAAACAUCUCCCAGGCCUGUCCAGUUCUCUAGAUCAGGUGAUGACUCUUAUGGAAAGCAGCAAGACUUUCCGGUUGAUCUCAAGGAAUCACUGAAAGUUCUUGCUAAACUCAGAGAAGCGCCGUGGUAUGGCAACAAUGAGCCAAGAGAACUCACAAGGUCGUCAUCCUAUCAUUCGAAAGACGGAUCCUUUUAUUCACUCGGCAGAGAGACAGCUCCUCCUCGUCUUUCUUAUGAUGGCCGGGAGAUGAGGAAUAAUGCUAAUGCAGGAUCUUUUGCAUCAUCACGGGACAGUUCUAUAUCCUCAUCCCUUAAGUUUAAGGAGCUUCCAAGACUUUCUUUAGAUAGCAGGGAGAGUUCGAUGCGCAGUUUUAGCUCUGAGAACUCAUCACAACCUGAUCUAUUUCUAAAACUUUCUCAAAAAGAAAAUGGCAGCUUUCCAAAACCUUUUUCUAGUGAACAGCAAAAGACGGGAACUCAGGUCUCCCGGCCUCCAAGUGUUGUUGCAAAGCUGAUGGGCUUGGAUGCUAUACCAGAUUCUGUAUCAUCAUCCUCUGAAGUGAAAAUGAAUUCCAGAGACAGCCCAGCUGAGGAAUCCAAUCAUAACCUCUACAGACCAAUGCAAAUGUCCAAUAACUUCUCAAAAAACUUGUGGAAGGAACCAAAAUCACCACGUUGGAGGAACCCUGAUUCAAGUAUGAAGCCCAUUUCAAGAUUUCCCAUGGAACCGGCGCCAUGGAAGCAGCAACCAGAUGGAAACCGGAGUUCUCAGAAGGCUGCUUCUUCCAGGGCAGGUACGAAAGUUCCAGUUAAGGCGACUAAUAAUAGCUUUCCUUCGGUUUACAGCGAGAUCGAAAAGAGGUUAAAAGAUCUUGAAUUUUCGCAAUCUGGAAAGGAUCUCAGAGCCCUUAAACAGAUCCUUGAAGCAAUGCAGGCAAAAGGACUGCUUGAAACCCCCGAUAGCCAGGAACAAAGCUUUGGUAAUUCUAUUUCGAAUGCAAGAUCAGGAAAUCAGCGAAAGCAGCAGCACGGUGAUAUGGUUUCUUCCACCUCUACAAAGAAGGGUGCUGACAAUUCCAACUUCACAAGGAACUUUGAAUCUCCGAUCGUGAUAAUGAAGCCGGCAAAACUUGUUGAAAAAUCUGGCAUUCCUUCUUCUUCAGUGAUUUCAAUGGAUAACUUGUCCAGUCUCCCGAAAAUUCAAGGUGCCAACUUUAUUGUCGACAGCAGAAAGAGUACUGCUAACAGUAAUAAAAUUCAAGGUGCCAACUUUAUUGUUGACAGCAGAAAGAGUGCCGCUAACAAUAAUAAAACGGCUAGGGACCAUCAGAUUCAUAAAUCCGGGGGCAGCGACCAUUCUACAAGUAAUACCAAGGAUGUGAAGAUCAACAACAAUAGAGUUGCGAAAUCUCCACAAACAUCAGUAAGGUCUCCACAGUCAAAAGAGGGGAUCCAAGGUUCGCAGAAGAACUCCGGUUCCAUCAGCCCUAGAAUGCAGCAGAAGAGACAGGAAUUAGAAAAGAGGUCCAAGCCUCCUAUGCCUCCUUCUGAUUUGAACAGAACAAGGAGGCAUCCCAAUAAGCCCGUGACCGAUUCAACCUCCCCAGGUGGCAGACGUAGACCAAAAUCUUCCAACUUCCAGCAGCAAAGUGAUGAUCAGUUGAGUGAGGUUAGUAAUGAAUCCAGGAACCUGAACUACCUUGAGAAUGAAACUUCGGCUCAAUCAGAUGGAAGUGUCUUAUCAGAUUCAAGAAUAGAUUUAGAAGUCACCAGCUCUCAAGAAUCUCCUGAGAUGAUGGCUAGCAGUCAAAAUGCAAUCUUGAGGAAUUCGAAAUUACUGUCAAAAGAAGAAGAAGAAGAGUCCGUGAUGGAACAUUUAAUUGUUGCACCCGAAUAUCCUAGUCCUGUUUCAGUUCUUGAUGGUGCUAUUGACAUGGAUGGUUCACCCUCACCUGUGAAAAGCACAAAGAAGAAGGCCAUCCGAGGUAAUGGAUUGGAGGAGCAUGAUAUUGUAUCACUUAGGGAGCAAAACGAUUCAUCAGAGCAUGGAAUGUUUGAUGCAGUUGGAUCUUCUCCUUCAUCUGAAAUUAGCAGGAAGAAGUUACAGAACAUUGAAAACCUAGUUCAGAAGCUGAGAAGAUUAAACUCAAGCCACGAUGAAGCCCGCACAGAUUAUAUCGCCUCUCUUUGUGAGAACACAAACCCAGACCACAGAUACAUUUCCGAGAUCUUAUUAGCUUCAGGUCUUCUCCUUAGGGAUCUGGGCUCAAGCCUUGAAAAUUUCCAGUUCCAUCCAUCAGGUCACCCUAUCAACCCUGAGUUAUUUUUGGUCUUGGAACAGACCAAGGGUAAAAGCACAGGUUUAAAGGAAGAAUCUGCUCCUGAAAAGCCUAUCCAGUUGAGCACAAAAGAGAGAACUCACAGAAAGCUCAUUUUCGACAGCAUCAAUGAAAUUCUAGCCAAGAAGUUGGCAGUAUUUAAACCCUCUUCCGGUCCUUGGUUGAGGCAGCCUUGCAAACUGGUGAAAAAGACACUCAAUGCCCAGAAACUUCUUAGGGAGCUCUGCUCGGAAAUUGAAAUGCUUCAAGCUAAGAAGCCGUCAGAAUGUAGUUCAGAGGAGGAAGGAAACGAUGAGAUGAAAAAGGUACUGUGGGAGGAUGUGAUGCUUCGAUCAGAUAAUUGGACAACUUCUGACAACGAGACCUCAAGCAUGGUCCUGGAUGUCGAGCGCUUAAUCUUUAAGGACUUAAUCAGUGAAGUUGUCAUUGGAGAGGCAGCCAGUAUAAAAAAUAGAACACUUAGGCGUAGACAACUGUUUUCAAAGUAAGAGCACACUCUCCAGUCUUCUUUUUUUGUGCAUGGUGAGAUAAAUUGCAUCUAUUUUUGACUUGAACAUCAUAAUUGAGUUGCUUUGUAAAGGAAUCUGCUAUAUUGCCAAACUAUAUCCAUAUAACUUGACGUUACUUCGUAGUACACAGUUCGUCCUAAAUGCAGAGAUCCCUUGUAAGCAUUAUUGCAUCAAGCAAACUAUGCAAGAUCUACUAGUUUAAAUGUAAACAUAGAAAUCAAUGGCAACAUUCUCAUCUUGUACAACUCUUAAGUUUAAUGCAGUAGUCAUCUAGAUAGUUCUUAGUACAUGACUGAAAGAUACUUAGCAGGAUUCGGACGAUUUCACUGAAUUCUGCAUGAAGUGAAGCGUUGCAGAAUGCGCACUUUGACCACAGAUUCUCUUAUUCUAAACAAACAUGUCAAGCUACACAAUGAAGACUUCCUCUUCCUGUACACAUAAUGGAAAAACAGAUAGGAAAAGAACUAGAGACCCAAUGAAGUUGAAAGUCCUCAAGCUCCUUAUUCUGUAAGCACACUCUUUGAAUCCGCUACCAGCAAGGAAGGGCCUUUUCCCAGUAGAUCCGGUACUUCUCCAGAGUAUAUAUAUAUAGCUUUCAUAUUUGCUACCACUGACCUCAGUUAAAAUUCCCUUUUUCAAACCCUGCUAAAGCUACAGAAGCCUUUCUCACUCCACAUGUGACUCUAUAUAGUUAGACCCCCCGCAAGAGGUCUUCUAAAUUCAUCAGGAUAUUACACAGAAUCAGAAUGUCCAGUUAUUAACGGGAUUCCCCGGUCAACUUUCUGUGAAAUAGUCUUUGGCCUAGGAAUACGGAAAAUUCGUGUGGCUGGACCUGGAGCAGAAGCUGAAGCAGCUACAUGGGAUGUGGCCAGUUUUUCUCUUUUCAGUCAUUUCCCAUUAAGAGAAAUUGAAGGAUUACUUUUCCAGACAGCAUCAAAAAAAUCCCGGUGAUAUUUGCUCUUCCAGAAUGUUUGCAUUGUCUAAUCUAUAUCUAUUCAGUCAAUAAAAAACAAAUCCUCCCUAUUCCUCUCUAGUCCUUUCUGGAUGAAAAUCCAUCAUUAUAUAAAAAUCUUGAUUUAGUAACUCAAUUAAUGCCAAUGCAGUACUAUGAAUGUACCUAGCUUGGAGCACUUCAGAAGUUCAGAACUAAGAUGAUUGAUGUUGAGCAACUGGAACCAAUUGAUAUGCACAUGUCUUAGUGGGAUCGAACCAAAGAGUGUUUUUUCCUGCGCGUUCGCGAUAGACAUGUAAACUGUACAAUGCAGCUGCAUGAGUUACCACCAGCAAGGAUAUGAGUAUCAGCUUCCAGAAAUCCUUUGGAUCAGAUAUGAUCAUACCCAUGACAUAAGUUAUUAGGUCAAAAAUAGACUGCAGAGAGUUCUGAACACCUCCAACUACACAGCGCUCGGAUUCAGGUACUUGAUCCUGCAUUUGCUGAAUGACUGACAAAUCAAACAUCCAAAGUCCAAGUCUCGAUAGCGCCACACCUCCCAUUAGAGUACAUGCCGAAGCAAACCUAUCCGGGAUCCAAAUAGAAGCUGCACAUAUCAAAAGGCAGGUCCACUGAGACCAAACAGACGAGAAACCAGCAGGAACUGAACUAGAGAGCCGAGAUUCCAGAAUCGGAUACAAGAAGGUUGCGAGAAUGCCUAUUAUAGCACUGAUACCGCGCCCAAUCCCAAUGAUGUAAACUGGGAUUCUCUCCCAUUCUAAAGCAGCAGUCAUUAGUGUUCCAAAACUCAGAACAUUGAAGUAUAGCAAAGCAAGAGAAACACCUGAGAGAACCACAUCUUGCUUCAAGUAAACCUUCCAUGCACUUACACAUGAAAUCCUCAUUAAUUUCCUCAACAAAUUAGUACAUUUCAACUCAUAACCUUUAUCACAUUCUUCUUCAGAAUGAUUCAAGGGGAUCAUUUCGAUGUCUUCUGUUGAUGAUUUUUUUAUAGCCCUUUUUCGGCUGCAGGUUUCGCUUAAAGCUGGAAUACCAUAAUACACAGACAUGAAAAGCCAAUACUGCAAGCAAACAGAUAAAACAUUCCAAAGGGCUAAACUCAAAGCUGAAGCAAUCAAAGAAGCAAAACUGAUGAUGAAUCCUGAGACUACAGGAGCUCCCAACUUACAAAACAAAUCAAUCCUCCUGAUCACUGAAUUCAUCCUUGUCAGAAAUUCUUCACUAUGAGUUUGGGAUAUCACAACCACCCAUUCCCUCUCAACCAGGAUAGUGCCAGCAAGAGUGGACAGCACCCCAACAGCACCAGAAACGUUAAUCACAAAAACCAUCAAUAAAAAUGCCAUCUUUUUUCCUUCUCCAACUUUUCCAUCAUCAUGCAGGGCCAGAAGCAAUGCAAUGACAGCCCCUCCAGCAAUCAAAAAGGAGAGAUUUUGGGCAAAUAACCAAACCUUAACAACUAUAAGAUAAGGGUAGUAGUCAACCCAACUCCCAAUUAAAGGGCCAAACAGAGCAAUGGAGGCAGAGUCCACCAUACCAUAAACUGCAGCAAGGAACAGAGAAUCAGGCCAGAGAUUGAUCAUGUAGAGUGCUACAGAAAAUUCCCACAUCCUGGUACCCCAUCUUGAUAAGAAGUGACCAAUGUAAAGAUAACGAAUUGCAGCAUCUGCAUGUUGAUCAGAAUUUUGGUUUUUGGAAGAAAGGGGUGAUUCUGCAGGGGGUGAUUCCAUGGUCACUCGCACUAGCUAGUGCUUACUAAAAAGGGGUGACAAAUUGUGACCCGAACCAAUCUAUUUCGUUUCAUAUGUAACAAACAACAUGCUAUAACAUGAAAAUUGAAAGUGAAUAUAAACGUAUCAUCAAAUUCAUCAUUUGUGAACAUUAAUCGAUUCCAUCACUGAUUUCUAGUUCUUUCCUUUCAGGGUUUUUG